AUGCCAAUUCUGUACAAGGCAGCAUCGUGGGAUCUCUCAAGACAAGGAGUUUCGUGGAACACGGAAGAUCCACUCUGGCCGGCGUUCAAGAGGUUGCCUUGGCUGAGUAGCUGUGUCCAGUCACUCGCAAUCUGUAUCGAUCUUAAACCACCAACUAGAUCGCACAACGGUUCGAACACUGCACCUGACUGGGGGAAACGUUAUAACCAAGUCUUGUCUCGAGUGACGGAGGAAGUACAGGGGCUACCAUCCAUUCGAAGUUUGGAGCUUUUCAAGCGUCGUUGGGACGAUAUGGACGCCUUCAGGAUUAAUACCCGCUGGUUUGGCCAACUCAUGCAGAGUCUCAGCGCGCGGAUUCAAGAUAUAACUCUACCUGAAAUACCAUACAAUCUUACUAGAUCCUUUCAAUAUCUAUUUCACUCUCGAUCAUUGACAGUUCGAGGCUCUGUUGGAAGUGCUCUGCGCUCGCCAGACUUCAAGUUAUGGGCACCACGCUUAAAGCGGGUUUCACUCCUUUUUAAUAGCGACCUUAGCGAAUUGGGCGGUCUAUUCACCGCCCUUCGAUGUCUACGAGUAGAGAAAUGUGAAGACGUUGAAAAACUUCUCGAGGCAAUUGCCGCGUCAAGAGAGCUAGAGAGCCUGGAAGUGACGAUCACUCAACCUCAUUUCCAGAGUUGGCUAAAUGCAAGGCAAAAAGAAAUAGACCUCCCGGCAUUGAAACAUAUCCGAGUCCGCAUUGACGGGGCCCACACUGAUCAAGAUAUCGUUCAUCGAGGACGAAAGCUCUUCGAAUAUAUUACCAGCGCCUCUAGGGCUCUAUUAUCCGCGUCCUUUGAUGCCAAGUUAUUUCUUCGUACCUGUACGACUUCCGAAGGGUUUGCCAUAUGGCUUUCACAUCGUCAUGGUCGCACGCUACAGACUCUAUAUCUUGGACACCUCACCCUUCGAGAAGAAUACAUUCAUCAAGUACUAUCAUACUGCCCCCGACUUGAACGCAUUGGGCUGGCCCAGCCAUGGAACCAACUGGACCUGUUUCGUCCAUUUGCUUCUCUCCGUUCUACAUCGUCACUCAAGGCCAUCUGCCUGACAACCACGCAGCCUUAUUCCGUCCAUCAGGUUCAUGCAGCACUAGUACAAAAUUUUCCGUGUAUCGGUCAUCUUCUCCUCAGGAAUACGAGUGCUUUUUACGACCAAUACACAUUGUGGAAGGGUAAAUGGAGGUUUGAUUCUGACUUGGGUACCGCCCUACGUGUGAUUGAGAAUGUGGAAUGCUCCAAGAAAGAUUGGGAAGACUUGGUUUCGCACGAGCAACGCGAGUUUGUGGACUCGCUAAUCCUCUAA